AUGUCACCGCCAGACACUAUUACCAAGUUGACUGCAGAAUUCUGGCGUCAAGUCAGCCAGAUUGCCUCCGAGCGCGCUCUGGAGGUGGACGCCGCCGCCGCGGCCGCCAACACCACUCGGCGCCGCCGCCCCCGCCAGAGGGGCCGCUCCGGAAACGGAGGUGGAAAGGGUAAGCAGUAG